CUCGCUCGCUUCCCCUUCCGACAGCAAGUGCGAGCUACUGAGCUCUGCUCCGCCCCCACACCCUCCCGUCGCGCGCGCGGCGGCCGCCGCCCUCCCUGAUCCGAGAGCCAGAGAAGCCGUAACUUUCUGUCUUUGAAGCCCAUUGGAGGCCCAAGAUCUUGUCGAUGUUCGUCUGGAGAUAGCAUGUCAUGUCUGAACAACAGGAUCAUGUUAGUAAAAGCUCGAGCUCUAGCAUCAGCACCAGCACUCAGGAAAGCGAGGAGGAGGUGUCCGUAACUAUCGGUAGCCUCCUCGCUCAAGCAAGGAACGACAAAGGACAUAGUCUUGGGAGGCGCCUCUUGCAUUUGGGUUCAGUCCCGCACCAUCCUCGAGUUAAUGGAGAGAUUCCUAAUGUUGAUAAUGCAACCUUGGAUCAUGAAAGAUUGUUGGAAAGGUUGGGGACAUAUGGUUUGGCCGAGUUUCAAAUAGAGGGAGAUGGGAAUUGUCAGUUUCGAGCUCUGGCAGACCAGAUUUUUCGCAAUCCUGAAUAUCACAAACAAGUGAGGAAGGCAGUCAUGAAGCAGCUGAAGGAAUUCAGAAAACGCUAUGAAGGCUAUGUACCAAUGGAAUAUAAGGUGUACUUGAAGAAAAUGAAAAGAUCCGGGGAAUGGGGGGAUCAUCUGACCUUACAAGCGGCUGCAGACCGGUUUGGUGCCAAAAUUUGCUUACUGACGUCAUUUAGAGACACCUGCUUAAUUGAGAUAGUCCCAAGGGACCUGACUCCUACAAGAGAGCUUUGGCUUAGCUUCUGGUGUGAAGUACACUACAAUUCCUUGUAUGCGACUGACGACCUCCUGACUCGCAAAACUAAGAAGAAGCAUUGGUUGUUCUAGGGCGGUGCCGACUUCCGAGGGAGAGGAGCUUCUCUUUGCUGCAGCUGUUCUUCUCCCUUGAGCUUAGCAGGGUCUGCAAUACUUUACUGGCCCUUACUAGUUACUACUACUACGGCCAUCAUUGUAAAAUCUGUACCGAAAUAUUUGUAGUUGGGGAAUACUAGUACAAGUUCCCCCAACAACAAGUAUUGUGAUACAGAGGGAGUAGUUGAGACUGUUUUAGCACGCAGGAAUUUUACGGGAACACAUCCGCAAAAAUAUUGAAACGGCCCGGACUUGUGUAGGAUUAUUAUGAGGCAAUGUACAGUAAACUUCAAUGUAGUAUUUAGCAAGGAAAAAGCACAUGGAAUGUCAAACUCUCA